AUGAGAGCCGCGGGACCUGAUAUGUGCAGCGGAGUGGAUAUUGGUGGAUUGUGUUCCGGCGCUCUCCGAUCCCGCCGAUUAACUCAGGGCUUCAGCAUCCCCGCGGCGUCACUGUAUCCAAGCGUGAUAUCCUCGAGUCUCCCGGAGGUGCUGUGGGUCGGCCGGAGCGGAGGCCUUGCCGGCUGGAUAAUUUUCUCGUGGGAGCGGGCGUUCAAGCUAUAUGACGUGGACAACGAUGGUUACAUAACCCGUGAUGAGAUGUACAGUAUAGUGGAUGCCAUAUACCAGAUGGUGGGACAGGCACCCGAGGCCGAAGACGAGAACACACCCGAGAAGAGAGUGGAUAAAAUCUUCUCCCAAAUGGACAAGAACAACGACGAAAAACUCACCCUCGAGGAGUUCAAGGAGGGCUCGAAAGCUGACCCUCGCAUCGUCCAAGCACUGUCUCUUGGCGACAACUAAAUGCUCUCCUCCCCUCCCCCCCCUCCCCCAAGUUCAUCCUACUCGAAUGCGAUG